UUGGUUGCGCGGUACUAGCGGUGCUCGCCGGAGGGGGAGGAGGCGGAGGCGCGAGCCGCGCGGCCGGAGCGGGAAAGCGCCGCCCGUCGGCGUCGGCUCGGACCCCGCGCGCCGGCCACGGGAGAAGAUGGAGGAGGAGGCGGGCGGCGCGGCGGGAGAGCAGCUCCUCACGGUCAAGCACGAGCUGCGCACGGCUAAUCUAACAGGACAUGCGGAGAAGGUGGGGAUUGAAAAUUUUGAGCUUCUGAAGGUCCUCGGAACUGGAGCGUACGGGAAAGUGUUUCUGGUCCGCAAAAUAAGCGGCCACGACGCCGGGAAGCUGUACGCCAUGAAGGUCCUGAAGAAGGCGACCAUCGUCCAGAAGGCCAAGACCACGGAGCACACCCGGACGGAGCGGCAGGUCCUGGAGCACAUCCGGCAGUCGCCCUUCCUGGUGACGCUGCACUACGCCUUCCAGACGGAAACCAAGCUCCACCUCAUCCUCGAUUAUAUAAAUGGUGGAGAACUUUUUACGCAUCUUUCUCAGAGAGAGCGUUUCGCGGAGCACGAGGCGCAGAUCUACGUGGGCGAGACGGUGCUGGCCCUGGAGCACCUGCACAAGUUGGGGAUUAUAUACCGUGACAUUAAGCUUGAGAAUAUUCUCCUUGAUUCUAACGGCCAUGUGGUGCUGACCGAUUUUGGUCUAAGUAAGGAGUUUGUAGCUGAUGAAGCUGAAAGAGCAUAUUCCUUUUGUGGAACUAUUGAAUACAUGGCCCCAGAUAUUGUCAAAGGGGGAGACUCGGGACACGACAAGGCUGUUGACUGGUGGAGCUUAGGUGUCCUAACAUAUGAAUUACUCACGGGGGCCUCUCCUUUCACUGUUGAUGGAGAGAAGAAUUCCCAGGCUGAGAUAUCUAGGAGGAUAUUGAAAAGUGAGCCUCCUUACCCCCAAGAAAUGAGCGCUGUCGCCAAGGACUUAAUCCAGCGCCUCCUGAGGAAAGAUCCCAAGACAAGAUUGGGAUGUGGACCCCGUGAUGCUGAUGAAAUCAAAGAGCAUCUCUUUUUUCAGAAAAUAAACUGGGAUGAUUUAGCUGCCAAGAAAGUACCCGCCCCUUUCAAGCCGGUCAUCCGGGAUGAGCUGGACGUGAGUAACUUUGCCGAAGAGUUCACAGAGAUGGACCCCACCUACUCGCCCGCCGCCCUGCCCCAGAGCUCCGAGAGGCUCUUCCAGGGCUAUUCCUUCGUGGCCCCUUCAAUCCUCUUCAAGCGGAAUGCGGCGGUCAUUGAUCCACUGCAGUUUGAUAUGGGCGUGGAGCGUCCCGGCGCUACAAACGUGGCCAGAAGCGCAAUGAUGAAGGACUCCCCAUUCUACCAACACUAUGACCUCGACCUGAAGGACAAACCUUUGGGAGAAGGAAGUUUCUCAAUUUGCCGGAAGUGCGUGCACAAAAAAAGUAACCAAGCGUUUGCGGUCAAGAUCAUCAGUAAAAGGAUGGAAGCCAACACGCAGAAGGAGAUCACAGCUCUGAAGCUCUGCGAAGGCCACCCCAAUAUCGUGAAACUGCACGAAGUGUUCCAUGACCAGCUUCACACGUUCCUCGUGCUGGAGCUGCUGAACGGCGGGGAGCUGUUCGAACGCAUCCAGAAGAAGAAGCACUUCAGCGAGACGGAGGCCAGCUACAUCAUGCGGAAGCUCGUCUCCGCCGUGAGCCACAUGCACGACGUCGGCGUGGUGCACCGGGACCUGAAGCCCGAGAAUUUACUGUUCACGGAUGAGAACGACAACCUGGAGAUCAAGGUCAUCGACUUCGGGUUUGCGCGCUUGAAGCCCCCGGACAACCAGCCCCUGAAGACGCCCUGCUUCACGCUGCACUACGCCGCGCCCGAGCUCCUCAGCCACAGCGGCUACGACGAGUCCUGUGACCUCUGGAGCCUGGGGGUCAUCCUGUAUACCAUGUUGUCGGGACAGGUCCCGUUUCAGUCUCAGGAUAAAAGUUUGACAUGUACCAGCGCAGUGGAGAUCAUGAAGAAAAUAAAAAAGGGAGAUUUUUCCUUUGAAGGAGAAGCCUGGAAGAAUGUUUCCCAAGAGGCUAAAGAUUUGAUCCAAGGGCUGCUCACGGUCGACCCAAAUAAGAGGCUUAAAAUGUCCGGUCUGAGAUACAACGAAUGGCUUCAAGACGGCAGCCAGCUGUCAUCAAACCCUCUGAUGACGCCGGACAUCCUGGGGUCCUCGGGCGCAGCCGUGCACACCUGCGUGAAAGCCACCUUCCACGCCUUCAACAAGUACAAGCGCGAGGGCUUCUGCCUUCAGAACGUCGACAAGGCCCCGCUGGCCAAGAGGAGGAAGAUGAAGAAGACCAGCACGAGCACGGAGACGCGCAGCAGCUCCAGCGAGAGCUCCCACUCCUCGUCCUCGCACUCCCACGGCAAGACCACCCCCACCAAGGCCCUGCAGCCCGGCGGCGCGGCCGACGGCGCGAGCACAGACGCCCUCUUCCAGUUCUCGGACUGACCGGCCCGCCACGCGUGGGCUUCUCCGGAACACGUCCGGCCGUGCCCCCUGGAACCUGCACCCCCCCAGGGGAGGAUUUCUUUCUUUCUUCCAGGAAACCCCGAUGGGGGCUCCUGGUCCCAAAGCGCUGGACUAAGUACGAUACUGUGAAUGGAGCACCCGGUCUGGCGCCGGGAGGCGGAGCGCGGCGCCCGCGGCACUGCCCUGGACGGAGCGCAGAGGCCGGGACGUUCCCUCGGGACGGGCUAGAUCUGAACAGCCCGCACAGGAGGGCCCGGGCCUGGCAGCCGUCUGCGGGCCUGAGGACUCGGGCUGGGGAGGGCCCCGUGGCUCUGCCAUGUGGCCGAGUAUGUGAGUGAGUGAGUGUGUGUGUGUGUGUGUGUGUGUGUAUGUGUGUGUGUGUAUGCGUGUGUGUGUGUGUGUGUGUGUGUGAGAGAGAGAGAGAGAGAGUGUGUGUGUGUAAGAGAGGUAAGAGAGAGUGUGUGUGAGUGUGUGUUUGUGUAUUUUAAAAGAUAUUUGCACCCUUUGAAUAGUGAUUUCUCAGAGAAAAAGGUCUCGACUGUUCUCAGAAAGACUCUGUCACACAUUUUGGGUGUGGCCUGUGUUAUUUCUUGAGAGAGGAUUUUAACUUAUUGUUUUUAUGUUAUGGUUAAGUAUGAUAAUAACCAGCUAUUAUUAUUCUUUUUCUAAAAAGUAAAGCUAUAUAUAUAUAUAUACAUUUAUAAUUGUAUGUGUGUAUAUAUAUAUAUGAGAACUGAAGGGCCUGUGUGCUAUUGGGCCCUACCUGAGCUGCAUGCGAAGCUACAUCUUGUCUCCUAUCUUUGCACUGCUCCUUCCUGGCAGUUUGUCCUAACGGUGAUUACGAGGCAUUGAGGUACCUGUCUGUUUUCAGCAACGCUGCACUUUAUAAGAGAAUACGAAUGAAGCCAACUCUUUUAUACGGCGUACCGUUUCAGUGCGUAUGUACUGUAUUCCUGCCAUUUUCCCCUGUCCCCGCUUCCACCCCAUAAUCUACUUUAAAUUUGGCCUCUCAUCCCCCUUCUCCUUCGAGUGAAAGUAGAAUGGGCCACGUUGUGGGAACACGCUCCUUAGCCUCCAAGGCCCACGGUGAGGAAAACCUAAAGGGAAAUUCUCUGACCACUGUGUUUCAGCUUCGUACACUGCGCUGUGCUACAGUGAGGCCUUCCUCCUGUGGUCACUAUUAUGUACAUAAUCUUUUCCAGCCGUAGCUUCGACUUCCUUUUGCAAUGUUUCUGUUCACUCUCAAGUCCCGAAAAGCCUAUUUUAUAAAUUGAUGCCAAGCACUUUCAUCGUUCCUCAGUUCAGGAUUCCUACAGAAGAGAAGUGCUAUUUGGAGUGGAAGGCGUUUCACUGAAAGGUUGCUGCAUUUUAAAAUACGGAUGAAUUCAUUCCCUAUGCAAAAAAAAUAUAUAAAAGAGAAAGAAAAGUAGAAGAAAACGAAGACAUGAUAGAAUUUGUAUGUUAUCUUUUGAAGCCAUCCAUGAAUGUCAAGGCUGAGAAAAAUGAUUGUUGCUAUGUUUACAAGAGUCGUGCUUAAAAAGAUAAUGCCCAGCUUGUUUAUUUUAUAGUUUUUUUUGUUAAUGAUGAUCUCUUGAGCAUUAGUUUGGAAUUGGGGCAUGAUAUUUAUUUAUUCCUUUCUUGAGAUAAUAGCAGCAUUAAUUUCAAACAAUUAUGAAUACUAAAAGAUAUUGCACUCUAUAAUAGUAUAUUUAUUACCAAAUCAAUGUAUAUAUUAAUAGCACAGGCAACAAAAAUGGUGAAAAUUAAAAUAUUUUCGAAGUAUUAUA